UUCGUUCGAAAUAUACAUACAGAAAGAUAAACAGUUGAAUAUAUAUUAAAUUGUUGGUGAAAUUUUUAUGGGAAAAUAGUAAGUUGAAAAUGGUGAGCUCAGUGGAGAAAAAGGAAAUGGAGAGUGGCGAAGGGGAAGCUGUUUGCUUGGAACUCCAUGCUCCUCCUGGCUGGACCAAAAAAAAAACCGGGAUACCUAAGAAAAACGACACCAUAUUCAUUGCUCCCACAGGAGGGGAAAUCAGUAGUAAGAGACAAUUGGAACAGUAUCUUAAAGCAAAUCCCGGUGGUCCUGCUGUAUCGGAAUUUGAUUGGGGUACGGGCGAGACCCCAAGGAGAUCGGCGAGGAUUAGUGAGAAGGUAAAAGCAAUUCCGGAAAGUACUGAACCUCCAAGGAAACAAGGGAGAAAAUCGUCAGCUUCAAAGAAGGAUAACAAAGAAUUGGAGACUGUCCCUGAAGGAACCGAGACUAAAGACGUUCAUAUGGAAGAGGCUGGAAAUAAAAAUAACGAAACGAGACAUGGUGAAGAUGUUAAUGUAUCUACUAAUAUUAAAGAAGGUAAGGAGAAUGCUGAAGCAGUAUCUGAAAUGUUGAAGGGCCCCCAAGAUGGAGUUGAAGCCAAUGCUUCGGAUAAAGGAUUUGAGGAUGCAACCUCUGAGGUAAAGCUUCAACAACCAGUGGAUGAAGCAGAGAAAGGGCUUGGACCUGAGCAACAUGCCAGACCCGGCAUAGACGUUAUUGCCAAGGAAAUAAAAAAUGAGGUAGUAGGAGAAGACAAAGCGAAAUACGAAAGUAACACCGCUGAAUCCGGAGGAGCAAUCGAGGAGACAGAAUCGAUAAAAUGCAACGAGGUACAAAACAUAACGGGUGUUGACGGAAAUAGCAAGAAAGAAGAAGAAGCAAUUCGGAACGGUAGUAAUGAAAGUAAUGAGGUGGUGUAGAAAACGGUUGUAGCUGGUUAUUUCUGUUUGUGCAGUUAGAGAAUUAGUUAAUUUG